GAGAGCUGCUGGCUUCUGUUCUUUCUCCUGAGAAAGCUAUCACCUGCCUGCCUCAACAUGAACUUCUCUGAGCAGAAUUCAUUCCUCUUCAGCUGUAAUGUCAGUCCCAGUGAAACGCCAAAGCUCGACAUCAGCGUCACCAAAAGUGAACCGCUGUCAGUUGCCGUCCCCAUGACCGUCCUUUACAGCCUUGUCUUCUUGUUUGGUGCCAUAUUCAAUGGUGUGAGCAUGCUGACCCUCCUCAUGGAUGCUCAUAUGAAAGUCAGCGCCACUCGGGUCUACCUUCUGAGCCUUGUUCUUUCAGAUAUUCUGCAGCUGUUGACCAUCCCAGUUACUUUGUAUCGGUAUUACUGGGAGAGCUAUCCAUGGCGUCUUGGCCAAGCGGUUUGCAAAGUGUACUUCAUGGUCCGCCAGAUGUACUGCGCCACCACAAGCUGGGUUAUCGUGACCUUCACCGCUGAGCGUUAUGCAGCAAUAUGUCAUACCAUGUGGUCCAUCUCCAGUCUAAAGAAGUCUCGACUGCCAUGCCUCAUCACUGUGUGGAUCAGUUCUCUGGUCUCAGCUGUUCCAUUUGCACUGGUUUAUGACCAGGCACGCGCCUGCGUCCUAGACUACACAGCCACCACGCUGGAACAUGCUUUCAAGGUCUCCACCAUGUGUGAAAUGACAGAGCCCGAUCCUGCACACAUUUACCACGGAGCCCUUCUUCUGAGAGCUGGGUUCUUCUUUCUGGUCCCCCUGGUUUCUAUCUUCACACUCUACAUGCUCAUCCUUCUCCACCUACGGAGGAAUGGUCGUCAAAGGAGAAACAUGGGUCUUAUGAGACCAGAUUUAGAAGGAAGGCAUGACUUUCAUUGUCAUCGGAAUGGAAAGCUUCUUUUAAAUGAAAAGAAGGCUUUAAAACUUAUGAGUGCAGUUGUGGUGGCUUUUUUUCUCUUCAACUUUCCAGAUAUUGCCUCAUCACUCAUGCAGGUCUAUGUGGUCGCGUGGUCCGACACAGUCCUUUCAGUCUACACUGUUCUGAAGUCCUAUUUGUCACUUCCACUGUGGUACAUCAAUGGUGCUCUGGACCCGCUGCUGUUCUGUAUUUCCUCGCACACGUUUCGCAGGGCAUGCUGGAGAAUGCUAAAAAGGCUCAGACCUCGCUGCUACUUGAAGCACCAGGGCCUGUCUUGGCUGAGGUCACGAAGUUCUAUUGAGGAUGCAAGCACAACGGCCAGAGAGAGGAUUGAUGGAAAAUUCUACAAAGUAAAACGCGAGAAAAGAGAAAACCUUUGAAUGAGACUGGAUCAGUGAGAUGCGAAAGAUCUGGGAAAGAUCUUUUCAAUGCUAGCUGCAACAAAAAGCAAUGCUUUAUUCUGUCAUGCUCUUAGAGACAAACACCUGCUUUCUCUCACUUCCUUUUGUUCAUGUAAUAUAAUGUCAGUGUGUAAAAAAAAUUUUUGAUCACAGUUAUGAAUUAAGAAACACUGUAAAAUGCUUUUGGUGCUUAAAACUAUGUGUAAAUUGCUUCUAAGAUCCUAUUUUGUGAUGUUUCUAGAUGGAAUUUGGUUAUAUGGUGUCAAUUGAAGUCAAGUUUAUUUAUAUAGCGCUUUUCAGCAACAAGGCACUCAAAGCGCUGUACAUGAGGGGCUAACAUUGCAUGCUAAUAGAAAAAAAUUUAAAUACGAUUAACAAUAUAUGCACAUUUACCUGUGAAAUUGUUUAUCAACCUAUUGUAAGUGUUCAUUUUCAAAUAUAUGUUAUUAUGGGUCAAUACUGGAGUCUAUUGCUUAGAUAUUUGUUAAAUGUGUCCUUCAGUGUGAUAAACAAGCAAGAACAAAGCCUCUUAAAGUAAAUUUUUUCUUUACCUUUAACCGAGUUUAUUCUUAUUUUGGCAAUAUAAGCCUUCACAUCUAUAAAUACAUAAAAUUUGGUUUCAAGAUUAUAUUUUAGGUAUUUUUAACAUCUGCCUGUGUUCAUACAUUUUUGUAUUUGCUUUUGGCAAUAAUGUAGAUUUUUUGUCAUCAACAGCACAUUCUGUUAUUA